AUGGACGUGUUGACGGGGAAUUGGAGCGCCCUGAACGGCACGGAUGGCGCGUACGGCCCGCAAGCUCUGGCCCUCGCCCCGGACGUCCUCGCAAAAAUCAUGGUCAUCGCUCCGGCGGUGUACGGAACGAUGACUGUGGUAGGCCUGCUGGGGAACAUGUUGGUCAUCUACAUGUUGCUGUGCCACUCCAGGACGAAGGACGCUACACACUACUACAUCCUGAACCUGGCUCUGGCAGACGCGCUCUUCAUGCUCGGGGUGCCGUUCACCUCAGCGUCGUCCGCCAUGGGCCGGUGGGUGUUCGGGAAAGCCAUGUGUAAGAUCGUCCUGUCUCUGGACGCGCUGAACAUGUUCAGUAGCGUGUUUAACCUGGCCGUGUUGAGCGUGGACCGGUACCUGACCAUCGUCUGCUCCGCUAGCCACCCCCAGCUCCGCCAACGGAAGGUGGUCACCGCGGUCAGCCUGUCCGUGUGGGUUGUGGCCUCCCUGCUGACCAUCCCCGUCAUGGCGGUCAGCGAUACGAUCAUGAUGGUAGACGGACACUACGCCUGUGCGCUGAACUGGCCGGACGGUGAGACCAUGUCCUGGCACAAGGCGUUCACGUCUUACACCUUCGUGAUCGGGUUCGUCGUCCCGGUGUCGGUGAUCAGCGGGUCGUACCUGCUGGUGGUCCGGCAUCUCAGGCGCAACACGUCCGCCCACGCCGCGGUGGCCAAGCACUCCGUCAAGAUGCGGACGAAAGUGGUCAAAACGGUCAGCGCGAUGGUCGUGACGUUCGUGGUCUGCUGGCUGCCGUUUCACGCCUGCCAGCUGGUCAGCUUGACCACUGCCCUGCGCCCCACGCCGGCGGUGUUGGUGCUGUUCCACAUCACCCUGGCCAUGGCCCACGUCAACAGUUGUGUCAACCCCAUCCUCUACGUCUUCAUGAGCCAGAAGUUCCGCGGGAGUUUUCGUGCCGCGCUGCGCCUCAACCCGCGCCCCGCGGAUCGGACGUACCGCACCGACAAGAGAGUCACCGUCGCCCGCCGCCGCCGACUGGAAACUCCCGUCUUCUUCAUGGAAGAAAAGUGCGAGGAAAAAACUGCUGGAACAGUUCCAUAUUCGUCAGGUGUUGUCUGGUCUUUUGAAACCGCCGUGUAG